AUGGAUCUAGGGUUUUGCGGAGGAGCAAGAGUUUCACUGGUACUUGAGUUCUGUAAAGUUUUGGCACCUAUCCAUCCGGUAAAGGUUAUAUAUUUUGAGUCGGGGGAUCGGAACCGUUCAGUUGAAGGUUUGGGUCAGGUAAGGAAGGUCGUCAUUAGCUGUUCAUCUUAUCACCCGACAGUGUUGUCUGAUUCGAACUCCCCCCUCACCUCUCUAUCAUCCCUCCACAUCCUUUGUGAACUAUCAGAUCCCGGGUUCCGACCCCAGAUCGAUUCCCAUCCUUUUAGCAGCCAACGCUCCUCUCCGUUUUUCGGUCUUCCUCUGCGCUUCAAUCUCUAA